GAGGGCUGCAGCCGCGCACCGCUGUACAUGACAACACCGGAGAAGUUUUGAUCCUGAAGGACACUUCGUAUCAUCAUCGUGUUCAAUCGUGUUUUCCCGCAGAGACGACACUUGUGUGAAACUUUCAAAAGAAAAGGCAAACAUGUGCCUAUAAGCUGUUUCCAUGUUACUAAAGGAAUAAACCGACCCGAGAGGAGACGUCAAGUGGAUUUUACGCAUCGGGGUCCGGACGCAGAAACUGGACACUUUUUUCAUUUUGAGAAAACAGAAAUCACCAUUCAACUGUUCAAAUUCUCCCGGACAGAUUUUACUCUUUUUCCACCGACCGUGAUUCUCAUGAUGCGACUUUUUCUGACGUUGACGAGCAGUCUGGAACAAACGGUGCUGGUAACAAUGUUACGGGGCUGUUAAAUUUAUUGGAACGUGACCACCGGAGAUGAACUUUCUCCAUAAUGAUUGCGGGAGCUCUGGUGAAUGAUUGACAGCAGAGGCUCGCCUUGCGCUCUGUGGACCUUUAUGGACGAAGUGGAUUUACCGUGAGGAGUUCAACUUGUUUUGUUUUAACCAUUAAGAGGCUGAAAGGUGAUUUUUUCCCCCCCUUUGGGCAGAAUGAAACUCUGGUGCUGAUUUAAUCAGCAGAGGAAGAAAGUUUCCGAGAUGAACUCAUGAAUCAAGAUAAGCUGAUUGGCCCUCUCCCUCCACUAUUCUUAUUUCCUUGUCUUAAUGACCCUGGAUUAGUAAUUCUAAAACUAACUUAAUAUUCAUUCUCUAUAUGGCAUCAACGGUGAGGCACGCGCAGUGCAGCCGGGUGUUACCGCGGCCCCUCGUGCUGCUUCUGCUGUUCCGGUUUGCUGGUCCCACGUUAGGAGCCUCCAAGGACCUGGUGUGUGAGCCCAUAACUGUGCCCAUGUGCAGGGGCAUCGGCUACAACCUGACCUACAUGCCCAAUCAGUUCAACCAUGACACUCAGGAGGAGGUGGGGCUAGAGGUGCACCAGUUCUGGCCCCUGGUCCGGAUCCGCUGCUCUCCGGACCUGCUCUUCUUCCUGUGCAGCAUGUACACCCCGAUCUGCCUGCCGGACUACCGCAAACCACUGCCGCCCUGCCGCUCUGUGUGUGAACGGGCCAAACGUGGCUGCUCCCCUCUGAUGAGCCAAUAUGGCUUCGAGUGGCCCGAGAGGAUGAGCUGUGAGCAGCUGCCCCAGCUGGGUGACGAGACCCUUUGCAUGGACCAGAACAACAGCGAGACCACCACCUUGGCUCCUCCAUUUCCUAAGCCCACAACUAAAGGCCGGACCAGACCCCCAAGCCCCCCACUAUGUGACAGGGAGUGUCGCUGUCUAGACCCACUGGUCCCCAUCAAGAGGGAGUCCCACGCUCUGUACGGCCGGGUCCAGACCGGACCCCUGCCCAACUGCGCCCAGCCCUGCCACCAACCCUACUUCUCAGCCGAUGAACACGCCUUCACCAGCUUCUGGGUGGGACUGUGGUCGGUGCUGUGCUUCAUCUCUACCUUGACCACUGUUGCUACCUUCCUCAUAGACAUGGAACGCUUCAAGUACCCAGAGAGGCCCAUCAUCUUCCUCGCUGCCUGCUACCUCUUCGUCUCUUUGGGUUAUAUCAUCCGCCUGGUGGCAGGUCAUGAGCGAGUGGCAUGUGGUGCCAGCAGCAACGGAGCUGGUGACCAUCUGCACAUCCUCUACGACACCACUGGCCCGGCUCUCUGCACCCUCGUCUUCUUAUUGGUGUAUUUUUUCGGCAUGGCCAGCUCCAUCUGGUGGGUGGUGCUGUCCUUCACCUGGUUUCUGGCUGCAGGGAUGAAGUGGGGUAGUGAAGCCAUCGCAGGAUACUCUCAGUAUUUCCACCUCGCCGCCUGGCUUAUCCCCAGCGUCAAGUCCAUCGUGGUCCUGGCUCUCAGCUCUGUGGAUGGGGACCCUGUGGCUGGAAUCUGCUAUGUGGGGAACCAGAGUCUGGAGAAUCUGAGGGGAUUUGUACUUGCUCCUCUUGUGGUUUACCUCUUCACUGGUUCACUUUUCUUACUCGCUGGCUUCGUUUCUCUCUUCCGCAUCAGAAGCAUCAUCAAGCAAGGUGGCACCAAGACAGACAAACUGGAGCGUCUGAUGAUCCGCAUCGGACUCUUCACAGUGCUGUACACCGUCCCCGCCACCAUCGUGGUGGCAUGCCUGGUCUAUGAGCAGCACUACCGGCCGGGCUGGGAGCGAGCCUUGGCCUGCUCCUGCCCGUCUGAGCGCCAGCGCUCAGGCCUGGGCCCAGACUACGCUGUCUUCAUGCUCAAGUACUUCAUGUGCCUAGUGGUGGGCAUCACCUCAGGAGUCUGGAUUUGGUCAGGAAAAACCCUGGAGUCCUGGAGGAGGUUUGUGGCUCGAUUCUGCCCCUGCUGGCCACAGAAAGCCACCGCUCCACCCUCCAUGUACAGUGAGGCCAGUACUGCUUUGACUGGACAUACUGGAACUGGGCUGACAUCAGGGAUCUAUCAUAAAGCUGCUCCAUCCCAUAUAUAAACUGACUGGCACAGUGAAACGUUCUCAAAGGAGUGAUGUUCACACACAUGCACAAACACCUGCAGGACUGUGUGCUUGUGUAUCUCUGAAUAUCAGCUCUAGUAAAAAGGGAAAAAAAUAAACAAAUAACCUGGGUAAUAAAAAUUUAGAGAAUAUUUAAAAAAGAGUCUUUGUGAAAACUGAUUUAAACAAUUGAUUCUCCUUUUCUAAGCGACAGAGCUGAAACAGUCAACCAAACUUUACUUUAAACAUUUACUGCCAUUUACAUGGAUCCAUAAUAAAAAGACACGUACUUCUUCCUAUCUGCUUAUCCUGAGCACUGAGAGAGAAAAACAUAUUUAUUUAUGUAUAUAUUGUAUAAAUUUUGCUGUAAAAAAGAAAAUUAGGUGUAUAGUGUGAUAUGUUUCAUUUGUAACCAACCAAUGCCACUGCCACAUGUGUGAGACACCAGAGAAACAAAUCUUGACUGAUUUGAAAUGUAUAAAGUUGUACAUAUCAGUGUUUGAGUGUGACUGUGAAUGUGUUUUGUAUGAUGACAAACUGAAACAGCGCUGAGAAACUGUCUUUGCUUAGCUUUUUCUCAGACUUGGAAAUCAUCUAGGAAUCAAACUAAAACUAGUCCAGUCGUUAUAACGGAUGACCCUAAGCUCUGUCGUCAGGUCACAUCACACUUGAAAAGUCUGUUUAUGAAGCAUGAACUAGUUUUGUCCGUGUCAUGUGAACUAACAGGCGGGGAUUGGGUUAAAGCUGCAGGAUGAAACUGACCGUGGCCUUUAACCCCACCUGCUGGUUCACAGUGGAACUGCUCCACCACCAGGGACUCAACCAUGGACCUCCUAACAGAUUAACAUGAGACCACAGACCCUCAAUUAAAUAAGAUUUUCUACCAAAACUGUCUAGAAAGGCAGGGAUUACAAAAAAAUGGUGGUUGCAGUAAAAUCUACUAUUGGAGUAAUUAUUCUUAUGCAUUAUCAAUUUUGAUGCAACUUGCUGAUACCAUCUCAAUGACCCCGAGAGGUCCCUGGACCUCACUUUGAGAACCAUUACUCUACUCUUCUAAUGAUUUGCAUUAUGAACAGACAGAUGUUAGGGUCACAGAUGAGUUUUCAUAAAAUUAGUCAACUAGCAGAUAAGUUUACCACCAACAGCUUUGGCAAUCGACCAAUUAUUAAAGAUUCAUCUUAUUAGCUUAGCUUCCUUUCUCAAACUUAUAACACUGUAAACUGAAUAUCUUUGUAGUUAUGGAUUGUUGGUCGGAGGAAACUUAUGGACAUCGCUUUAGGAUCUGGAAAAAUGUGACGGGCAUUUCCACUGUUUUUGGAUCUUUUAUAGACCAAACAAAUGAUCAAGAAAACUAAUUAACUUGAUAAUUGCUAUUAUAUUGUGUUCUAGUGGUGAGAGUCAAGUAUACGACAUUGGGACUAUCCAAGUUAAAUUAUUCUGUAUUUGAUUGGAAACGGUGCUAAAAUAUUUAGUUUUACUCAUGGAUAAAUGCUAAAUGGUAAUUAUUUUGAAUCUAUGGAAGAAACACAAAUGAUUCACUGGCUCCACCUUUUAAAAUAUGAAUUCUGCUGUGUGGCGUGUCUCUGAUUUUUAAAAUCAUUGCAAAUUUAAUAUUUUGAUGGUUUUGGACAGAGUAAGCACUAUGAGAAGUUCACUUUGACCAUCUGUCAUUAUGUUUGACAAUUUAUUGCAUAAACAAGCACUUUUGCUGAUAAAUAAUCAUCAAUCAUCUGAAGAACUUUUGGAUGAUACUGCUUUUUAUCACAACUGAUAAACCUAACAUGUAAAUCUGUGCAGAGUUAUUAUAUGUAACAACAAAGCUCCUCUCAGUUGUCAUUCCACAGCUCUAUCGUAUCAGCAGGGAUCUGUGGUCUUAAUGUGCAUCAUCUAUUUUUAGGGUCCCUGACAACAGAAUCUGAAGGAACAUCCCGUCUUGUUUCAGAGGUCGCAUCAAGUGUUUCUGUCAGGAGUUCAGGUGUACAAAUUAACUGCCUCAACAUAAACUUAAACUGAAAGAAACAAACUACAAAAAGAGAAGCUGUCCCACAGAGUUCAGUGCAAACAGCCACUGAAUAACAAACCAGAAUUUGUAUAUUAAACUGAAGCUCAUUUGAGCUUUUUGUUGUGUUUCUCCCUCCCUGCUGUGAUGUUGUGCGAUAUCUUCAUUCAGUGUUUGUUGGCCAGUCGUGUUCUUUUUAGACUACUCUGUGUCCACAUUAGUAAUUUAUUAGUCUGAUUUGUGAGUGAAUGUGAUUGUGUGAAUGAGGAUGAAAUAAGUGUUGGUAAAAACUGGCAUUUAGUCAUUUGCUGAAGUGUAAAUCUGCUUUGACACAGAGAAAGACUGAAAAAAAUAUUGUAGAUUUUGAUUGAUAUUGUGGAAUUAAAACUGAGUUGAUCUCGAGUUUGGUUCAUGUCUCAUAUACAUCUGUGUCUCUGUAUAUCUGGCAUAAUAUAC